GCUCAUCCACAUUACAUCAGGGUUUCAGUUCUACUGUGGGAAAUAACCGCAUCAUUACCCAGUGACUGGGCCGCCCGGUUCCUACUGAACUACCAGCCCACCGCUCUGUGAGAGGGCGGUCGCCCCCAUGUUGGAGGGGCGGUAGCUUGCAGCCUUUCUCCCCUCUUGUCGUCACGGCAGCUUUUUUUAUUCAGUCAGUGCCUGUGAGCCCGCCGGCUGGUUGGACCACCGACUCCUCUGAAGCCCACACUUGAAAUAAAGCAACCUAAUCUGGAUAUUACGCGGUUAUUACCAAGAUGGCUACGGACAACUUUGAAAUGAACGGUGAUGCUGACCGGAACGACGAAGCGGAGGUCCCGCUGCGGAGACCCUGGAGGAGGCAGCAGGAACCUCUGAACAUGAACCAUUAUGCCAAUAAGAAGAGUGCAGCGGAGAGCAUGCUGGAUGUGGCUCUGCUGAUGGCUAAUGCCUCACAGCUGAAGGCCGUGAUGGAGCAAGGACCAGACUUCAACUUCUACGUGCCCCUCAUCACGCUCAUUAGCAUCUCCCUCAUACUACAGAUCGUAGUGGGAGUUCUGCUCAUCUUUAUUGUGAAGUGGAACCUGAAUGAUGAGAGCAUGCACUACAAGCUGAACAUCAUGGAGAACUUUGCCACAGCCUUCGUCUUCAUCAUAGUGGUGGUCAACGUCUUCAUCACAGCCUUUGGUGUGCAGCGGCCCAACACACAAGGCUGAUGCCUGCUGAUCAACUUAGUACAGAUGGACCUCCACAUUAUUUAUGCAAAUGAGCAGGAUAUUUAUUCACCAAAUUAAACGGCAUGCAGGUACACUUGCCUUUCUGUAAUCCAACCUCCCAGGCUUCAGAAGACCCGACACAUCCUGAGGAUCAGGUGACAUUGCGUGUGUAUGUGUCUGUGUGUGUGUAUUGAAGGAGUUCUUCCUUCUCUAUGGACAAAUGUGUGGUCACUUUUUAUUUCACUGUGUGGCUACCCAGUUUGUUACCUCUUUUCUUGCUCAGGUUACUGAUGUAAAUACAUUAUUGCCUUUACUUACAGAACAAACAUAUCAGGAGCAAUAUACUGCGUGUCAGUCACAACCAUUGUGAAUGUUUCAUGAACAAAAACAUGUUCUAGUACUGUUAUUUUAACAUGAGUCAGUAUCUGUCAGUCUAAACCUGCAUGUGUGCCUACAUCUGUAGGAGAAUAAAAGAAAUAAAUCACCACAGCAUCAUCCAAA